AUGGCUCCCAACAAUUUGCAAUAUGAUCAGGUAGAGAAAUUCUUGCAUGUCAAAAUCCCUGAAGAACUAGAAGAUGAGAUUUUAGCGGCUUACGCCAAGUACAGUAUGGAUCAUGAUAUGACUACAAACGACCUUACAAGCUACUUUGAGGAUUUACAGCUGCCGUCCAAAUGGUACAAGAUGACACCUGCCAAGGAGUUAGUGGUGGAAGGUACCCAAAUAAUUGAUUUAGAUAGAUUAUUGCAAUGUACUUACCAUUUGCUUAUAUUUAUGGAUAAUGAAGAGACUAUUGACCAAUUGUGGGGGUUAGUUGUAAAUGCAUCUGGAAGAAAUGUCAACUUCCCGAAUGUGGAUCUAAAGAAACAUGUACUUAGCAUCAAAGAUUUACAAAAAGCCAAUAAUUCUGCAGGUUUAGAACAAGCUCACGGUAUAGUGGAAAUGAUGAGUUGUGCCACUGGUGGCCAAAGGGUUUACAUGACAUAUAUGGAUUUCGCAUACAUAUUGGGUAAAUUGGGGAUUUUAAGGUUUUAA